AUGCCCCUUCUCGGCUUCCUCAAUCCUUUCGACAAUGUUCACGGAUUCGAGCCGGACAAAGACAUCCCGGAUCUGGCGGGAAAGGUCAUCGUCGUAACAGGAGGGAACAGUGGGUGUGGUAAGGAAAUGAUCUUGCAGUUGGCAAAGCAUCAACCGCAGCGGAUAUACUUGGCCGCCCGAUCGCAAGCCAAGUACGACGACGCCAUGAAGGACAUCUCUGCUGCAGCGCCCAGCGCGAAUGUCAGCUUUCUGCAAUUGGAUCUGUCCUCGUUAGCGUCCGUCAAGAGGGCAGCAGAUCAAGUCAUCGUGGAAUCCGACAGGCUCGACAUCCUGGUCAACAACGCCGGCAUCAUGGCCCACCCACACGGCCUCACAGAAGACGGCUACGAAAUCCAGUUUGGGACCAAUCACAUGGGCCACGCUCUGUUGACCCGUCUGCUCCUCCCGCUCAUGCAAAGGACGGCGUCAAAACCAGGAUCGGACGUGCGCAUCAUCAAUCUCUCGUCCAGCGGGCAUUUCAUGGCGUUCGGCGCGGGAAUCUAUUUCGAUCAACUGAAAGAGGCCAAGCCGUCAUUCCAACCCACAAGACUGUAUUCGCAGUCGAAGCUGGCCAACGUCCUGCAUGCGAGAGAGCUCGCAAGACGGCACCCCGAGAUCCUCUCGGUCUCAAUCCACCCAGGCCGCGUCGAGACGAACCUGGCCAACGUCAUAUUUGACGAGAACGGCUUCAACGGCCGCUUCAUGAAACUCUUCGACCACUUGGCCGGUCCAUUGACCGUGCAGCAGGGGACGUUGACACAGCUCUGGGCUGCCACCUGGAAGAGGCAGGAGGUCAAGAACGGCGCGUAUUAUAAUCCGGUUGGCAAGGAGAACCGCGGGUCCAAGCAGAGUCGGGACACAGAAUUGGCCAAGAAACUGUGGGAGUGGACAGAGUCUGAGUUGGAUGCGAAGGGGUAUUGA